GUUACCUAUAUUUAUCUGGGCUAUUUUUGUGUUUGAGUUUUUCUUUUGAUAUGCCAUUCUACUCAUAUUGGAUGGUUUUAGAAACUGCAUUGAGAUGAUUAAUUAGGCAGGUACAAUUCUUACUAUGAGUAUCAUGAUUGGUGUCCAAGGGGGUGGCUGAGGGAUUUUUUUGGUUCACACGAGCACAGUUUAGGCAGGUUCCAGCUUCCUUAGUUACUGCAGGAUUUCUGCAGUAUUUUUUAAGAUGGCCAUACUGAUGGCAUUGAGUGCAUUUGAUUAGAGGUAUAUUAUUAGCAACUGGACAGACUGCCCAACUGUCUCCCCCUAUCAAUAUCUUCUCAUGGGUACCCACUAAAAGCUGCCAUGCUGCAGGGGUUACCACAGCAGUUGCAAAAAUCCCAGAGUUUGGAUCGUCAUGCCUAUACCUCAUAACUUUGGUGUGCUGAGGGUUGCAGCCAGUACUAUUAACUAUUGCUUGCUCAAUUUCGUGGACUGUGCAUAAUUUUGGCAGGCGGUGGAUCACUAUUUCUGGAUUCCUUUUUUCCUUUUUUAAGAUAGGGGUGAGAUUUUGCUGCAGCUUUUGCUGUACAUUUUUGAGUUUUGACUGGUCCUGGCAUGCAAUAAGUACUCCACCUCCAGGUAGGGGCUUUGCGAAAGUUACCCCAUCAGUGUAGGGGUUGAUAGCAUUUUUCACUAGCUGGAAUCCAUCUUGGCCUGUAAUUUUGGGCUUUAAGACCAUAGUGUUAUAGUUGGGUUUGGUGGGAGUUUUGGGUACCAUUUCUGGGUUUUGCUGCUUGAGCUGAUGCAUUUGAACUGGUUUUUUUAUUACAGCUGCAUAGGUAGUAGGCCUUUUCGGAGGUAGCUGUGGAGUAUGUGAGAAGGUUAGCUUGGGUAGCUGGUUAGAUACAGAGCUGUUUGGAAGCUGUGUGCGGCUGCCUGCAGCCUUUUCGGCGAGCUUAGCCGCAGCCUCCUUGAUUUGGGUUUUCACGGAGAAGACGUCAACUAGGUUGCAUUAUGAGAAUCAGAUGUUCAUCUUAACACCAGUAUUACAGAAUGAAUCCGAAAGUGAACAAUCAAAGCAUACAGCUCGAAGUCCAGCAAGAAAAAUUACUAACUCCCCCAGCAUCCCAACCAUCUCCGUUAUGGUUCUCGAAAAGAUUUUUUGUCGCUGUAAUGUUGGCCGUAUGCCAUUUAAAUUCAAGUUUCAGUCGAUUCAACAUCAGUAUCGCUCUUGUUGAAAUGACAUACUCCAAGCAAAUAAAAAAUGGAAAUUUAACCGAAACUCAGCUCCCAGAAUUCGACUGGGAUGCCAACAUCAAGGGAUUAAUCCUGAGCAUUUUUUAUUACGGAGGAUUAGUGUCAUUUUUAGGCAGUUACUUUGUCAGCAAAAUAGGAGGAGCGAAUUGCUGCGCGUUAACCAUGAUGUCGUCAGGGAUCAUCACUUUAUUCCAUCCUAUCAGCCUACAGUACAGUUUUUUUUUAUUUUUAGUGUGUCGAUUCGUAGUUGGAAUCUCAGAGAGUUUAUUAGUGGUAAGCAUUUUUGAAGUAUCUUCGCAAUGGACUCCUAAAAAUGAAAGAUCUCAACUCGUAUCCAUUUCCACCACCGGAGUUAACAUAGGAUUAGCCAUUGUACAUGGAGUAUGUGCUUUUGUGGCGUUUAAUUGGGGUUGGCGAAUGAUAUUUUACGUCACAGGAAGUAUAUCAUUGAUUACAUCAUCUGUUUGCUUCAUUUUGAUGAAGAACCGACCUUCGGAUGAUAAACGUAUAUCAAAACGAGAACUUAGCUACAUACAAGAGAGAAUUACAACUGUACCCCCCAAAAAAGUGAGGCACCCUUACAUGAAAAUUAUAUCAUCAGCAGCAGUUUGGGCACUUCUUGUGGUCAAGUUUGCUGUGGUAACUGGAAUGACUUUUAUAAGUACUUUUCUUCCAAUGUAUGUCAAAGAUAUAACCCAUAAAGAUAUCAAUGAAGUGGGGAUAAUAUCAUCCUUGCCAAAUAUUCUCAACAUUUUCAUGCUUCCAGUUUGGGGAAUACUGCUGGAUUAUGGGAAAAGUAUCAAUAUUUCAGUAACUCUGAUGCACAAGAUAAUAAUCGGAGGCUCGUUCAUCUUGAUCGGUGUUUUAUUUGCGAGUGCAGCGUUGAUUUCCAAUUUUACAGUAUCUAUUAUUUCUUUUCUGCUGAUCCAGACGCUGCUUUUCCUCAUAGGUUUGGUAUCACAGAUAAUUAUCAUUAGUAUCGCACCAAACAGUAGCAGCAUUAUAGCAGGACUUUGCAGCGCUGUGCUUGCACUAAGUUGCAUAGUAACUCGCAGUAGGAUAGCCUCUAUGACCACUUAUCAAACUUUGGAGGAAUGGAAUAGCUGUUUUCUAAUAAUAGGUGGAGUUUCGUUGUUAGGAGGUGUGCUGUUCACGGUAUGCGGGUCCAGCGAAGCUCAACCAUGGGCAUUCACAUCGAAUACUGGACAAGAUGAUCAAGAAAACCAGACGAACAAAAAUUUGACAAAUUAAUGCCUCGCUUUUAAGAGUAUAAAAUAGGUAGUAGGUACAUUAUGCAUGUAAAUGAUGAAUUUUCGUCAUCAAUGGGUAUGGAGAAAGCUUUUGAAAAUGUAUAAUUUCAAAAAAACACGUGGUUUUUGGCAAUUCUUUGAUUUUUUUUUUGAUUUUCGUAUACAAAUUCUUCCCAACUUUUUCCAAUUCAUCCCAACAAUUUCCAACUUUUUGCCAACAUUUUUCUGUCGGGGGAGGGAGGCUCUCGUUCGGCACGUGUCUGCUAGAUUGAUACCAAGAAUUUAGAAUUUAUGUUACAUAAUUAUGAAUGUGUAUGUAAACUAUAGGUAGAAUAUUCUUCUACUUUACUCGUAUAAUGAAAAGUAAACUUUUGAAGCAUGA